CCUGUUCUGAAAAUUGCAAAGCUACAUACAGCAGCAAAAUAAGGCUGUGUUCUUCAUUCGAUGGAACCUGUGUGUUUGGUUGUGAAGAUGGUUACUUCGGAUUUUUAUGCAAUGAGACAUGUAGCCAGCUUUGUAUUGAUGGCGUGUGCAUGAGAGAAAGUGGAAUAUGUGUUGAAGGAUGUACAGGCUCAUACAACGGUCCCGUAUGUGGCCUCAGGUCAGGGAAACCACAAGACGCAUCAGCGGAUACUUCAACAGUAGCUGUAAUUGCUGUUCUGGCAACACUCUUGGUUGUAACUUCUACUGCGUUAUGCAUGUUAAUGUUGAAGAAACUCGUGAAGAAAAUACGCUCUCCUGACAGGCAACCAGAGCAGUCUAUGGUCCAAAUUUACUUGGACAAUUCAAUGGUAGAAGAACAAAAUAUACACAAUGAAUGCCACACUGCUGUUUCUGAAGAGGAUAACGUCGCUUAUGAAAGUCUCGAUAAAACCCAAGCCCCUGAACACACAUAUGAUACAGCUCCAGAAAGUACGGUCAAUGUUAGAAACGUAGAAUAUGAGAACGUGCAACUUUAAACUACAGGACAUUCUACUAUACCUUUGUGUCUGUGUUAAACACUUGAGGACAUCUGGCUAGUAAAGAGUCUUCUUAUAUUCCAUUUCUUAUUAACGAACUUUCUUUUCAUGGACAUGAAUAACUUUUGUCUCCUUUAAAUGAUUUCAACAAUGAAUAUAGUCCAGUUAGAAGUAAAGAUAUAAAAUAGAUAUACAAACUAUGAAAAUGUCUUAGAGAAUUGUAAUACGGACAUAUGUACAUAAUGUUAUUAAUGUAAUCGUUUCAACUGUAAUUUUGCUAUCAGUGAUGUACAUUCAUUGCCGGUGUAUAAAGUUUGUAACAAUUACUGUUCUUGGACAUUGGCUGGGUUUGGGAUGCAAUCAUGAUGAGAGGUCAUCGACAUGAUGAACAACAUCUACUUGAUUUCAUAUAAUAUUAAGAUAUACAGGAUAAGGUGUAUGAAUCUGGAUUCUUCUCAACCUUUCUAAUAUUUGCAUUUUUUUUUCUUCUGAAAUAAAACAAUUGUUGUGCGAAAAUUCUCCAAAAGAACAUUUGCUUUUGGGAGGAUAUUUCAGUUGUAUGAUGUCAAAGUAGUAGUAAUGACACCAACAAUAUAUUUAUCAUUAAACACAACAAUUAUUAGGUGUACAUGUAGCUAGUGGGUUAGUUCAUUUAAUCAUAUGUAUGUAUUUUUGUAUUUAUAUUAUUUUAAGUAUAUAACUACAAGUUAGAUUUUAGGAAGUAGAAAGGUUACAAACUCCACUGUCAUCAGAAAUGUUUAAACACAUACCUUCAGCUCGCAAGAUAAAGAUCAAUAUUUCAAAACGCAAUGAAUGGAAAACGUCAAGUAACGACGUAUGUGCGAUCCACAACGGAGUUUGUGGGGCUUUAAUUUCCUAAAAUUAACUAUUACAUAUAUAAUCAUUUUACUUUCUGCACAUAAACAGAAUUAAAUAUAUUUAUAUAUAUUAUGAAAGUACCUUUUGCCGUAA